AUGGGUAAAGUAAAAGUUGGAAAAGCAAGAAGAGAUAAGUUCUAUCAACUAGCUAAAGAGACUGGAUAUCGUUCGAGAGCAUCCUUUAAAUUAUUGCAACUGAACAGAAAGUUUGAAUUUCUUCAAAAGUCCUCGAUAUGCAUAGAUCUUUGUGCAGCCCCUGGUGGCUGGUUGCAAGUUGCGCAACAGUACAUGCCCGUCUCCAGCCUUAUUAUUGAAUGUGUUCUUAUUGAGUUCUUUUUGCUUUCAGGUGUGGAUUUAGUUGCAAUUAAACCAAUAAAUGGAGUGAUAACACUCAAAGAGGAUAUAACAACUGACAAGUGCAGACAGAGCUUGAGAAAGUUGCUACCUGAUCAGAAAGCUGAUCUGGUGUUGCAUGAUGGUGCUCCCAACGUUGGAAAGAAUUGGGUCCACGAUGCUUACCAGCAAGCUGAGUUGACAUUGAAAGCACUGCAUCUGGCAACAUUCUUCUUAGUUAAGGGUGGAUAUUUCAUAACAAAGGUUUUUAGAUCUAAAGACUAUUUCAGCUUGUUGUGGGUCUUACAACAAAUGUUCAAGAAGGUUCACGCAACAAAACCCCUGGCCUCUCGAAAUGAAUCAGCCGAAAUUUUUGUUGUCUGCCAGGGCUACUUGGCUCCUGAUGUUAUUGAUCCAAAAUUUUUAGAUUCUAAGCACGUCUUCAAAGAUGUUGAACAAGAAAAUAGUGUCAGACCAACUUUAAAUCUUGUUCAUCCAGAUAAAAUUUCCAAGAAGGCAGAAGGAUAUGAUGAAAAUAAUUAUUUGCAAAUGCACAAACUCAGUGCAGUAAAAUUCAUCACAGAUGCAAAUUUUCUUGAGUUGUUUAAACAUUGCACAGAAAUAGUCCUAGAUGAUGAAAGCAUCAUUAGCCAUCCAUCGACGACAGAUGAAAUUAAGGAAUGUUGCAAAGACAUUCAAGUUCUUGGAAAAAAAGAUUUAAAGAAUUUGUUGAGUUGGAGGAAGUGUCUGAACAAAAGUCUGCCUCAGUUGAAUAUCAUGGCCAAUGACAACGAAAAGAUGGAUGUUGAAAAUGACCAGGAAGAAACUAUUGAAGGAGUUGAGAUGGAAAAUGAUGAAGCAAACAAAGAUGCAGACUCAGAUAAUGAUUCAAUUGAAGAAGUUAUUGAACAAGAAGAAAAGGAACUAUCAGAAAGACGGGCUCGAUUAUUAAAAGAUAAAAAAAAAAAGCAUAAGAAGGUGAUGAAUGAAAAGCGAAAGCUCCGAGAAAAGAUGGCGCUGCAAAUGGUCAUCCCAGGUGAUAGCAUCCAAGCAACAGAUGAUAUUGAUCUCUUCAGCUUCAAUUCUGUCAAAAAAGACGCAGGCAUAGCUUUCAAGUGUGACGAUGUUGAACCUGACGACGACGACGACGAUGAUGAUGAAGAUGACGCCCCCGAACCAGCACGGCGAAUAAAGUUUGAUAAAGAGGAUGUCGCUCUGUAUGAUGAUGAGGGCGAGGCGUGGAACAAGCUCAACAGACAUGACAGUGAUGAUGAUGAGGAGGAGGAUAAAGUUGAAGGCGAUCAUAAAGCUAGCAGCAACAACAAAAAAAGGAAGAUAGUGAAGUUGAAUCCAUUGGAGUUGGCAAUUGGUGAAGAAAUCGUCAAAUCAAAGAAAAGGAGAAGGGAGCUUGUGGAACUUUCAUAUAACAGAUAUGCUUACGGUGAAGAUAGUGCUCCUGAUUGGUUUCUGCAUGAUGAAAUGAAACAUUCAAAGAAACAGUUGCCUGUCACAAAGGAACAAAUCCAGUAUUACAAAGAAAAGCAGAAAGCCAUAGAUGCAAAUCCCAUUAAGAAAAUAGCUGAGGCCAGAGCUCGCCAGAAGCAUAAGCUUGUCAAGCGACUUGAGAAAGCUAGGAAGAGAACGGAAAAUAUUGGAGAAGACCUCCCAGAGAAAGAGAAAAUGAAGCAAGCUAAAGAGAUAUAUAAAAAAGCGGGUCUAUUAAAGGCUCAAAAGAAGAAAGAUGUCACCUAUGUGGUCGCAAAAAGAGGGGUUGGCAAGCGAGUUAGCAGACCAGCAGGGGUGAAAGGUCAUUUCAAGGUUGUCGAUCCAAGGAUGAAGAAAGAUAACAGAAAAAUGAAACAUGAAUCAAAAUCAAAGGGAAGAAAAUCUUCGGCUGGCAAGCAAAAGUCGAACAAAAAAGCUGGAAAAGGUCGUAAGAAGCGAUGA